AUGAGAGAAAAUAAAAUAGGAAUACUAUGUCUGCAGGAAACACACCUAACAGAAGAACAUGAAAAUCAAAUAGAAAACCUAUUUUCAAGACGACUACACGUACUUAACUCCAGCGACCCUGAUAGACCCAGCACCUCAGCGGGAAUUGCGUUCAGGAGAGCCGCCGCACUAACCGUAUACUGGCAUAAUGAGAAAACAAUCACAAUACUAAACAUAUACGCACCAAACAACCCAAGAGAACACUCCUACAUUCUGGGAAACAAAAAAAGACUCAACUCACCUGACUUCAUGAUCGGAGACUUCAACAUCACUGAAGACCCAUUAGACUGCGCCCCAGCAAGAACAGACAACGAAAAUGCAAUUGAAGCCCUGAGAGAUAUCAGAUCGACACUAAACCUACAAGAUACAUGGAGGAUAACAUUCCCAACGAAGAGACAAUUCACCUUCAGCAGCAGCAACAACACACUAUCCCGACUAGACAGAAUAUACUCAUCAAUCGUCCAUAAUAAAAGCCUGCUAGAAUGGAAAACAUACGUCAGCCCAAUACCCACAGACCACCAAAUGAUAUCAGUACACUUCGCACCACCGGGACUCCUGCACAUUGGAAAAGGAAGAUGGACAUGGCCGCUAGGCAUCCUCUCAGACGCAACCCUAAUCAACAAAGUUAUAAGCCUCGGUAUAGAAACCCAAAAAAAAAUGGAACAGACGCCCCACCGCGACGAAAGCACAAACCCCCAAUCGAUCUGGGAAAUGUUCAAAACCAAAAUGAACUCCAUGGCGAAAGACACGGCGAAAUCCCACCUCGCCAAAAUAGACCAACAAAUAAAACAACUAACAAAAGACCUCAACAGCACAGAAAAUAUAAAAAGAAAUAGACCACCUACAAAAGAAACGAAAUAA